AUGGCCAAACGUAAAAUAAGUCUGCCCAACGAAAUUUUGAUUGAAAUUUUUCAAUUUUUAGAAUCAUCAUUUGUUGUUAACAGUUGUAUGCUCAUUUCCAAGAAGUGGUACAAAAUCAUUUUUAACCAAGUAAAGACACUUUCUUGUGAAUUGACAUUUCAUGACCAGGAGAAGAUCGAUCGCCUUGUGAAAAGUCCAUGGCUACAUAAUAUUUCAAAGAUUAAAUUAAGAGCUUGUGAUGACUAUUUGGAAUCAAUCAAGGGAUUGAUGGAAAUAUUGAAAAGUUACGAUCAAUUACGUAGUGUUGAUAUUGGUUAUUGUUAUAUUGGAAAUAGUCAAACAAUUAGUGAAAUGAAACAGUUAACAUCACUUGAUAUUGAUAAUAAUUGUGUGGACGAGCAAGGAGUAAAAUUAAUUGGUGAAUUGCAUAAUUUGACAAGACUGAACAUUGGUUGUAAUAGAAUUGGCUUGGAAGGUUUCAAAUCAAUUAGUGGAAUGAAACAGAUGAGAGAUCUUAAUGUCAGUAGUAGUGGUGCUGGAGUAGAAGGAGCUAAAUUAAUGAGUCAAUUGAAACAUUUAACAAAGUUUAAUAUUAGUGGAAAUGAAAUUGGUGAAGAAGGUGCUAAAUCGAUUGGUGAAUUGAAAUGGUUAACAAUGCUUGACAUUUGUAGUAAUCAAAUUGGUGCAGAAGGUGCCAAGUCAAUUAGUCAAUUGGAACGUUUAACAAAGCUAUAUAUUAGUGGUAAUGGAAUUGGACCAGAAGGAGCUCAAUCGAUUAGUCAAUUGAGUCAUUUAACGACACUGUUUAUUGGUGGUAAUCAAAUCGGUUCAAAAGGAUCCAAAUCAAUUAGUCAACUGAAACGGUUAACAAUUCUGUAUAUUGAUUCUAAUGAAAUUGGUUCUGAAGGAGCAAAUUCAAUUAGUCAAUUGUCAAAUUUAAAAGAGCUUUAUAUUAGUGACAAUCAAAUUGGUGACGAAGGAGCCAAAUCAAUUAGUCAAUUGAAACAUUUAACAACACUUGAAAUUCUUCGUAAUGAAAUUGGUGAUCAAGGAGCCAAAUCAAUUAGUCAACUGAAACAAUUAACAAGACUCCAUAUAAGUUGCAAUCGAAUUGGAGAUCAAGGAGCAAAAUUACUUAAUCGAAUGAAAAUUAAUUCUCUAAUAAAUUAA